AUGGCUAGCAUUCCACCGAAUAAACCACGAAACCCAUAUCCAUUACCACCUCAUCGCAGGUCUGGACAAAAUGGACCGGUAGGCAUCAACUUUCAGGAGUGGAACGAAAAUAUCCAAGAGUGGUUAGAGUAUCAUCCUGGGUUCCUGCCUGAGACUUACCUUGCAGACGGUCAACCAGCAAAUGGCCAAUUCCCAGUAAUAUGGAAUAAGAUAAUGGCUGUAACACGACUUCUCAUGAACGAUCAAGCAUAUCUCGAUACAGCAGGCCCCCUAGGAGACAUUGAAAGAGUCAGGGCGGACCUUAGGACUGUCGUCGAAAGGGCUGGAUAUAUCAAGAAUGCCGUAUGUCUCGGGUUGGGCUCGAUUCAAUACCAAAGUCCUGGGAACUAUAAACACCACUAUGUUCAGCAGUGUGGCCUGUUCUUUGCUCUCUGCAAGAUGAUCGAAGAGAAGCAAGACAUGACUCCAGGAUCACUGCCGACAAUCUUUCAAGAUCCAGCUUUCCAGCUCGAAGACCGAUACAUCCUCGAGGAAAUUGGCGGUCAAACCAUCGUCGAGCAUCCUGAAGCAAACAACUAUAUGAACGGACAAUCUUUCGUCUAUGCACCCCAUUUUCCGUUUGAUCAUCUGUUCGACACAAUCCUUGGAGAGGGUCAUGAGCCGGAACUGUUGUACACGAACACUUUCCAUGGAAGCCUGGGUUCCAUCGGUUGGCUGAUCACCGACAGUUACCUCAAGAAGGUAUACUGGACUCGAGACACGACCGUCGACCAGAAGUCAGUCGACAUGUACAACGUGGCCACACGUUUUCUUGAAACUCGCGAAGGGAUUGUUUAUUGGGGAGACUAUGCCCACCCAACGAAAAAUGGGGAAUUGUCAAUUAUGCUGAGGAAAGCUUUUCCAGAUCUUCAUUCUACGUGCAGAAACUCGAAGCAGCAUCUGCUAGAGAGGCUUCUGAGCCUCAUGUCAUGA